AUGGCAACGCGUCGAACCACUCGAAGCGUUGCUGCUUUGGAGAAGUUGUACAAUGAAAACGAGGAAGACAGCGUUAUAGAGAGCGACAGUGAUACCGACGACGCCGUAGAUGCGGAAGAGGAAAGUUCCCACGAUUCUGAAACAGACGCCAAAGAAGAGACAGAAUCUGAAGGAGAGCCACUGUCAGGCGAAGAAGAAGCAGCUGCUCCGAGAGGAGCCCCGCCGCGCAAACGCGGCCGCCCUUCAUACCCGCAUGCUAAGAGCGGGCACAAAUGGAAUCUCUCUGCUCCGGAAUCGAGGGGCCCUCGAUCACAGUCACAACAAUCUUACGCGCCAUCAACUAAAGGUAAUGCGACAAGUGUUAAAACACCGCUCGAAGCUUGGAGCAUGUUAUUUACCGAUGAAAUUUUAGAUAUCAUCGUCAAAUAUACAAACGAGCAAGUUGAAAGGGAAAUAACUGUGAUGAGACAAAAUAACGUUAGAUUAGAUACGUCAGUACAUAAAGUAAUUGAUAAAGUAGAAUUGAAAGCUACGUUUGUUUUAUCGUCGAUACAUCAAACAGGUAAAAUAGAUGAGCGAAGUGGAAAACCGGAAAUGAUUGAAUUCUACAACAAGACCAAAGGCGGCACCAAUUGUUAUGAUUUUAAAUGUCAUCAAUACACGACAGCUCGCAAGACAAGUAGAUGGCCUGUUAGAUCUUUUUAUGGAAUGCUCGAUCAGGCUGGCGUUAAUUCUUUUAUUUUAUACAAUCUUAAUCAAUUCAAUGCACCUCUGAAACGACUCGAUUAUCUUCGAGAGCUGGCGUUGCAAUUUUUAAAUAUAAAUAGUGUAAAUAGCAAUAUUAAUCAACUCACUAAUUUAGUUGCUGAGAUUCAACCUCAUAUUGUUGCAUUAACAGAAACAUGGCUUAAGCCUAUUAUUAACAACUCUUUAUUUAAUCUAGAUAACUAUACAAUUUUCAGACGAGAUCGUAACGUUACUCACUCAGACACCGGUCGACUACUAAAAGGCGGAGGUGUCGCUUGUCUAAUCCAUAGAACAUUAAAAGCUAAAUUACUACACAUAUCUACCUCGGAUCACCUUAAUGAACCUGAAUUUUUGAUUAUUGAUAUAACUUCAACAUCUGGUUCUCAUAUUAUACUAUCAGUCAUAUAUAGAAGACCGGGAGGAAAUCUUUUAAAUAAUUUCUUUGAUAUCCAUUCAAAAUUAACUACAAAUUGCAAAAAUUUCAUUAUUACAGGUGACCUAAACUGUGACCUAUUAGAUUCAACUUAUACCUCCAAUCACCUAAAAACAUUUAUCUCAGAACUAUCAAUUCAUUGCGUACCUUAUAACUCAACUCAUCAUAUUAGGAAUAAAGAUUCUUGGUUGGAUAUCUUGGUUGGUAACGCUAUUAGACAAAUUACGAUAGAUGCUCAGGCUGUUGCUGAUUGGACAAGAGAGAAUGGCUUGCAAUUGAAUCUAUCCAAAACUAAAACAAUGAUUCUUGGCUCAAGUUCUAGGCUAAAAAAGUUACAAGCAAAUGGUAUUCCACAAAUUGUCAUUGACGGAUUUGCACUUCCUUACGUAGAGUCAACUAAGUGUUUAGAGUUUUUGGUUUCUCGUGAGUUGCCAGAAGAAAUGGACAUUCGCGAUGAGUUUGUCGACAAUAGACUUUCAAAGCAAAAGAGAUGUAACUUAUGUCCAAGUUCCCUUGACCGAAAAACGUAUUAUAAGUGUCUUAGAUGUCAUAAGGCGAUGUGUAAAGAGCACGUAGCGAAACUGUGCUGCGAGUGCAGCAAUACUAUGUAA